AUUCACUCUAAUAGGCUUAUUCCAAGCCAGGAAGCCAACCUGCUGCCGUUACCUUGUCCUCAUAUCCACUGCAACAUUUUAUUUUAAUAUGUUAGAUUAAAUUGCGGCGAGAAAUGGUAGAAACUGUCGACGAUAUCUCGAGGGUGUAGGUAGCCUGUACCGAAUACAUUUUAACCUUAGGAUCGGAUGUUUUAAGUGGGACACAUGGGCCUGUUAGAUAAACUUUCGGGAUGGCUGGGACUGAAGAAGAAAGAAGUGAACGUAUUGUGUUUGGGACUCGACAACAGCGGGAAAACUACCAUCAUCAACCAACUCAAACCCACUAAUCAAAGCUUAUUUGGCCCACUCUCAGAUGACUGGAAACAUGUUAGUCAGGUAAAGACCCAGACACAAGACAUUGUCCCAACUAUUGGCUUCAACAUCGAAAAAUUCAAGAGUUCAAGUUUGUCCUUCACAGUUUUUGACAUGUCUGGUCAGAGCAGAUACAGAAACCUAUGGGAACAUUACUACAAAGAGAGUCACGCCAUCAUAUUUGUCAUCGAUAGCGGAGAUAAGUUACGAAUGGUCGUUGCCAAAGAGGAACUGGAUACUCUUCUCAAUCACCAAGACAUCCGCAGUAGGAGGUUGCCAGUGCUGUUCUUUGCUAAUAAGAGUGACCUGAGAGAAGCCAUGUCUUUAGUCAAAGUCUCUCAGCUGCUCUGUCUGGAGAACAUCAAGGACAAACCCUGGCACAUCUGUGCCAGUAAUGCUGUAAAAGGAGAGGGCCUACAGGAGGGGGUGGACUGGCUACAAGAGCAAAUUGCACAAUCAUAUCAAAACAAUGAAGACUUGAUUAAAUAAAAUGGAUGAAAUGCUUGAUGAAGGAUCGUGACGGCGAGAAGAGAGAGGAGCCUCAGUGACUACAGCAUGGCUCCUCCAACCGGGCGUGUCAUUGGUUAUCUGAUGUCAGUAUUUAUACGGUGCAAGGGAAUCACUUGUUUCCCCUUUCUAUUUGUUACUCUGUCAUAAUGCCUACUGUAUGAUACUGUUGUAAAGUGUUGAUGUGAAGUGUUGCUGAACAGCUUGUUGCAGUGUUGAUAGAGACCACCCUCCGAGAUUGUUUCAGUGUUAUUCAAAGUUACAGCACGUGAUGUAUAACUGUGCUGUCUGAAUGUGGAAAGAUAUGAUUAAUGUAUUCUGUUGUAAAAAUGUUACCCUCUACAUUUCUGAGCUGUACUUAAUGCUUGUUUUUUUAUGCCAUUUAAUGUGCUGUGAAUAUUUUUCAGACAUAUUACACCAGUCAGUGCUAAAUAUAUUUAUAUAUAUUGGGAUGUUUUAAUGAAAACAAUAAAAA